AACACCAGCACACUCACUUGCUCCCCCUCUUAUUUUGGCGCCAUUUUUUUUUUCUCUUAUAGACUCUGUGUGUACUCUCUGCGUGAAACCCUAGCUGAGCUGUCGCGGGUCUAGGGUUUUACGCAGAGACAUUGACUGGAAUCUGAGAAUUGCAAAAUUCUGGUGAAGAAACAAGCGGAGACAAUGAAACGAUCUUCAACAGCUGACGACCCUCCAUUAACUUCGAAACGUGCUAAAAUUGUUCGAGGGAAUGAUGACUAUCUGCCUGGGAACAUAAUUGAGAUGGAGCUGUGCAACUUCAUGACCUAUGAUUACUUGUUUUGCAAACCAGGACCACGCUUGAACCUUGUAAUUGGACCAAAUGGGUCGGGUAAGAGCUCCAUUGUGUGCGCCAUUGCGCUGGGUCUUGGUGGUGACCCUCAGCUGCUUGGGAGGGCAACAAGUAUUGGAGCAUAUGUGAAACGUGGAGAGGAGGCUGGGUACAUUAAAAUAUCCUUGAGAGGAACCACUAAAGAUGACCGGAUCACCAUCAUGCGCAAAAUUGAUACACAUAACAAGUCGGAAUGGUUGUACAAUGGAAAAGUGGUACCUAAGAAAGAUGUAGUUGAAGUAAUUCAGAGGUUCAACAUCCAAAUCAACAAUUUGACUCAAUUCUUGCCACAAGACAGAGUAUGUGAGUUUGCAAAGUUGACUCCUGUUCAACUUCUAGAAGAGACUGAAAAGGCCGUCGGUGAUCCUCAACUUCCUAUUCAACACCGUGCUCUUGUUGAAAAAAGCCGUGAACUAAAGAGUAUUGAAGUGGCUGUUAUGAGGAAUGGAGAAACCCUGGAUCAGGAGAAGGCCCUAAAUGCUGAACUUGAAAAGGAUGUAGAGCGUGUCCGCCAAAGAGAAGAACUUCUGGCAAAGGUUGAAUUCAUGAAAAAGAAAUUGCCAUGGCUGAAGUAUGACAUGAAAAAGGCGGAAUAUAUGGAAGCUAAAGAGCUGGAAAAGGAUGCCAAAAAGAAGUUGGAUGAAGCUGUCAAAACUUUGAAGGAUCUCAAAGAACCCAUUGAAAAACAAAAGCAGGAGAAAUGCCUGCUGGAUUCUAAAUGUAAAAAAGUCACCAAUCUCGUGAAGGACAACUCUAAGCAACGUAUGGAACUUCAGGAGAAGGAAAACCAUUUGGGGGUGCAAUUAGAGGGGAAAUACAGUGAAAUGGAAGAUUUGAAGAGGCAAGAAGAAUUCCGUCAGCAGAGAAUCCUUAAAGCUAAGGAGGAACUUGCUGCUGCUAAAAUAGAACUUGAAAACCUGCCUAAUUAUGAACCUCCAAGGGAUGUACUUGAAAGAUUAGGUUCUAAGAUUACAGAGCUACAAAUUUCUGCAAAUCAAAAGAGGAUACAGAAGUCAGAGAAGGAGAAGCUUCUAAAUCAAAAGAAAAUGGCACUGAGGCAGUGCUUAGACCGGCUGAAGGAUAUGGAGAAUACAAAAUAUAAGCUUUUACAGGCGUUAAGAAACUCUGGAGCUGAAAGAAUAAUUGAUGCUUAUCAGUGGUUGCAACAACAUAAAAAUGAGUUGAAGAAGGAGGUUUAUGGUCCUGUGUUGCUUGAGGUUAAUGUUCCGGAUCGGGUGCAUGCGGACUACUUAGAAGGUCACGUCCCAUAUUAUAUCUGGAAGUCCUUCAUAACCCAAGAUCCUAGCGAUCGAGACUUUUUAGUAAGGAACUUGAAGUCAUUUGAUAUUCCAAUUUUAAAUUAUGUGAGGGAUGAAUACCAUCCUAAGGAGCCCUUUCAAGUUUCUGAGGAGAUGCAUGAGCUUGGCAUCUAUACCCGACUUGACCAAGUUUUUGAUGCUUCUGAUGCUGUCAAGGAGGUUUUGAUCAGCCAAUGUGGUCUGGAAAGAUCAUAUAUUGGGUCAAAGGAAACAGAUAAGAAGGCUGAUGAUGUGGCAAAGUUGAAUAUUUUAGAUUUCUGGACUCCAGAAAAUCACUAUCGCUGGUCUUCCUCUAGAUAUGGUGGUCAUUUAUCUGCAAUUGUUGAACCAGUCAAUCACUCACGUCUUCUACUUUGUAGUUCAGAUGCUGGAGAAAUUGAAAAGCAGAGGUGCAAGAAAGAGGAGCUAGAAGAAUCUGUUACUGCUUUAGAGGAAAGUUUUAAGUUGCUACAGAUGGAGCAAAGGCACUUAGAGAAUGAAGAAGCUGAUCUUCAAAAACAACGGGAGGAGCUUAUCGGUGCUGCACAACAUGAGAAGAGAAAAAGGCGUGAAUUGGAGAACCGUGUCAAUCAAAAGAAAAGGAAACUUGAAUCAGUGGAGAAGGAGGAUGACCUGGAUACCAGCAUGGCAAAGCUUAUAGAUGAAGCUGCAAAAAUUAAGAUUCAGCGGCUCAAAUAUGCAAUUGCUAUUAAGAAUUUACUUAUUGAGGCUGUUAGACACAAAUGGAGUCUUGCUGAAAAACUCAUGGCAUCCAUUGAAUAUGAUGCAAAGAUUAGAGAACAGGAAAUCAACCUGAAGCAGCAUGAAAAGUUUGCUCAACAAGCAUCACUUCAUGUUGAGUACUGUAAGAAGGAGGUAGAGGAUCGUCGAGAGCAACUUUCAGCUGCCAAGAGGCAUGCAGAAUCAAUUGCUGUGAUCACUCCAGAACUUGAAAAGGCAUUUCUUGAGAUGCCUACAACAAUUGAGGAAUUGGAUGCUGCUAUUCAAGACAACAUUUCUCAAGCCAAUUCCAUUCUUUUCCUUAAUCAAAAUGUACUAAAAGAAUAUGAACACCGUCAGGAGAGGAUAGAAUCCUUUGCCAAAAAACUGGGAGCAGAUAAGGAGGAACUAAAAAGGUGUUUAGCUGAAAUAGAUUCCCUGAAGGAACGUUGGCUUCCAACAUUGAGAAACCUUGUUACUCGGAUAAAUGAAACCUUCAGUCGCAACUUCCAGGAGAUGGCUGUUGCAGGAGAAGUUUCUUUGGAUGAGCAUGACAAGGACUUUGAUCAGUUUGGAAUACUUAUAAAAGUAAAGUUCAGGCAAGCCGGACAACUUCAAGUACUUAGCGCUCAUCAUCAAUCAGGAGGGGAGCGUUCAGUUUCAACUAUUCUUUAUCUUGUUUCUCUUCAAGACCUUACUAACUGCCCAUUUAGGGUAGUUGAUGAGAUUAAUCAAGGAAUGGACCCAAUUAAUGAAAGAAAGAUGUUUCAGCAAUUAGUGAGGGCUGCCAGUCAACCUAAUACUCCACAGUGCUUCCUGCUCACCCCAAAGUUACUACCAGAUUUGGAAUACAACGAGGCAUGUAGCAUUCUGAACAUAAUGAAUGGGCCUUGGAUUGAACAGCCUGCUAAAGUGUGGAGCAGUGGUGAAUGUUGGAGAGCUGUCGCAGGGCUGGUGGGAGAAAGUUGAAACUCUAUUAACAAUUGCCAGUGAAAAUGCCGUGAUGAGAUCCUUAAAUCCAAAGGAUCCAGGGCGACUUCCAGUGCCUCCAUGAGAUGAAAAGCAAGCUGUGUUGCUCACAUUAGCUGUUUUUGUAAAAAGCUUGUAUUCUUUCUGUGUCUUCCUUGGGUAAUUCUUUUUAUUGUAUAUAGAUGAUUCCUAGAAUGUAAUCAUAUAUUUUGUGGAGGCAACGCUUCCCUGGAAAGCAAGUGUAACUGAAUUCCCGUCAAUGAAUUGAAUUCCCUCCUUGCAGCAUA